CAAAAGUACCACAUUUUCACUUGUCUAAAUCAACAGUUCUAAUACAACAAUGUUUAUUGUUUUAUUGUAAAUUGUAAUAGAUGACGGCUAUAAAUUAAAUAUUUAAAUUAGUUGUAAUUAGUACACAAAAUUAAGAACUCAUAUACUUAAGUGUUUCUCAUAGUGUCACUCAUUUAAAAUGUCUUCAACAACUUUAACACCAGUGGGGGACCCCAAGGUUAUUGAGGAAUUAGAAGGUAAAGCGAAGUUGAGAACAUGGUUAAAUAUGAAUUUUAGGAUUGAAAUGACUGAUGGCAGAGUAUUAAUAGGGGUGUUUCUUUGCACGGACAGGGAUGCGAAUGUAAUAUUAGGAGCCUGUUCAGAAUAUUUAAAAAGCUCUGAUGGUGAAACAGAGGAGCCUCGAGUACUUGGUCUAGUCAUGGUGCCAGGACGUCACAUUGUAUCCAUACAACUUGACAAUACAAACCCACCACAAAAAUAUUUCUAUGAUGAAUGACAAAAAAGAUCCUUAACUGAUAAGUAAAUUAUAUUAUUUUAUUUCAAUUAUUCUUAGCAUAGACAUAUAAAAUAAAAUGUUAUUCUACAUA